UGGUACUCGAGGGGUCCCAAAGUUGGUUCUGGAAUCGUUUAGCCAAACGCACGAAGACAGAAGCUCCAAUGAAACUUACUAAAGUUACACUAGUUCUCUGCCUGCUGGCUAUCGUAUGUGUGGCCCAGACGAAGGCCCAAGAAUUGAGCUGGGAGAAAUGGUUGGGCUGCAACAGAAUCGGCACCAAAGCGGUUGCCAGUCUGGUCAGAGAAAUUAUCCCAGAGCUUCGCACUCUGUUGAACUGCCUCGACUUCAGUCCACCAACUAACUUGGUGGGCAGUGGCUAUCUCGGAAAACUGAAGUUAUACUACGAGUUUCUGAAACGGAGUUCGCACGAGAAGGCCUUCUGCCUCUUGGCGCCACUGAGGGGAACCGUCAAACUCCUAAGACCCUAUGUUAACUCGCUAGGCACUCAGAAAUGCCUGCUAGACUAAGUCCCCGCUUUGCCCAUAAUUAAAUAAAGUACUGAGCAUUUAGAGAGCAAAGCAAUCAAAA